CUCAGCCAAUCAUCUGCCGAGCUUGCCGCCAGCGCGCGCCGGAUUUGCAAGUGUGAAGCGCUGCUGCUCCUUAAAAACAAAAACAUUAACAGCCCGCAGCGCGAGGGGCCAUGGAGCAGCGCGCGCUCCCUCACGGCGGCCACGAGCGGCAAACCCGUCCGCGCUCCGAGCGGAGCUGCUCGCUGACUCGAGGUGCGGCGGACACGAGGAUGUAACGACCCCCGGCGCGUGUUUCUGAAGAGAAUGGAGGGGCUGGCGAAGCGGACGCGCUGACAGGAGGGACGAUAGCGCAGCGGCUGUCCGUCAAAUGGAGACGAGCGUCAGGCAGAGCAAGUUGGAACCGCUCGCCGUUUUCCUUCACGCGGGUCCUCGUCCACAGUGCGUGUCCCGUUUUGGUCCAAACCCGUUUCUGUCUUCGUUCCGUUCCCUGGUAAUGACUUUCUUCUCACUCUCUCUCCUCGAAGACGCGCAGGGAGCUCGGAAACGGGACCUCGCCCGCUGUGCGUGUGAGGCGUUGGUGUAACCCGACGGCGAGUUGCGCUCCUCUCUUCUCCUCCCAGAGCUGACCUCCUCUCUGUCUGCUCCUCACUGCUCCAGCUCGCCUGAAUGAGUCUCCGUCCCUGAAGCCCGAGCUCUAGUCCCGGCAUGUCCGAGGAGGACGUGGCCGUCGCGAGGAACCGCACGGACCCGGGACACGUGGGGCGCGCUCUGGGCUCGAGCGCGCGACCCGCCUGGGCCAUCGCCGUGCUGGCCAGCGUGCUCAUCUUCACCACCGUGGUGGACGUGCUGGGCAACCUGCUGGUCAUCAUCUCUGUGCUCCGCAACCGCAAGCUGAGGAACGCAGGGAACGUCUUUGUGGUUAGCCUGGCCUUUGCUGAUCUGGUGGUGGCCUUCUAUCCAUACCCGCUGGUCCUUUAUGCACUUUUCCACGACGGCUGGUCCCUGGGCGACACACAGUGCAAGGUGAGCGGCUUCCUCAUGGGCCUGAGCGUGAUCGGCUCGGUCUUCAACAUCACGGGCAUCGCCAUCAACCGCUACUGCUACAUCUGCCACAGCUUCGCCUACGGGCGACUCUACAGCUUCCGCAACACGUUGCUGCUGGUGGCCCUUAUCUGGAUGCUUACAGUGCUCGCCAUCCUGCCCAACUUCUUUGUUGGCUCGCUGAGCUACGACUCACGGGUCUACUCGUGCACCUUCACGCAGACAGCCAGCAGCUCAUACACGGUGGCCGUGGUGGUGGUGCACUUCCUGGUGCCAAUCACCGUGGUGACCUUCUGCUACCUGCGCAUCUGGGUGCUGGUCAUCCAGGUGCGGCGGAAGGUGAAGAGCGAGGAGCGCUCCAGGGUGCGGCCCAGUGACCUGCGCAACUUCAUCACCAUGUUUGUGGUGUUCGUGCUUUUUGCCAUCUGCUGGGCGCCGCUGAACUUGAUCGGCCUGGUGGUGGCCAUCAACCCAGAGGUGAUGGCGCCGCGGAUACCCGAGUGGCUGUUCGUGGUCAGCUAUUUCAUGGCCUACUUCAACAGCUGCCUCAACGCCAUCAUCUACGGACUGCUCAACAGGAACUUUCGCAAAGAGUACAAGCGCAUCGUCACGUCCAUGUGGAUGCCUCGGCUGUUCGUGACCGAAACGUCCAGGGCGGCCACAGACGGCAUGCGCAGCAAACCCUCACCAGCCAUCAACAACAACGAGUGACUAAAAUGCUCGGCCAGUCACUGUUCCCUUUCUUUAUUUCGCCUCAA